AUGAGGACAGAGUCAGGGUUCAAUGCUGCAGCAGUGGCGGUGCCGGCGGCGGUAGCGGGUGGCGGCCGCUCAGGGUCGGAUGCGGCGCCGUUGCUGUACCUGUUCGGGGGACUGGUGGCCAUGCUGGGCCUUGUGGGUGUCGCGCUCAUCCUCCUCGCUUGCGCCUACUGGAAGCUGUCAGGACACUUCGACCGCGGCGGAGCGGAACGGGGGGCUAAUCUGGAACCGGCGAUGGCGACGCCGGCGACGUUCUACAAGCAGGAGAUCGUGGUGGUCAUGGCCGGGGACGAGAAGCCGACGUACCUCGCGACGCCCAUCCCGGCGGGGGCUUCCUCGUUUGAUGAGAAAAGGGAGGAGUAG